GCUGCUGUUUGGGACCCUGUAUCCUGCAUAUUACUCUUAUAAAGCUGUCAAAACCAAAAAUGUCAAGGAAUAUGUGCGCUGGAUGAUGUACUGGAUUGUGUUUGCUCUGUAUACAGUCGUGGAGACCAUCACAGACAUGACACUUGCAUGGUUCCCUCUGUACUAUGAGCUGAAAAUAGCUUUUGUGAUCUGGCUGCUGUCCCCCUACACCAGAGGAGCAAGUCUCAUUUACAGGAAGUGUCUGCACCCCCUGCUCUCCUCAAGGGAGCAAGAAAUAGAUGAAUAUAUUGUGCAGGCAAAAGAGAGGAGCUACGAAACCAUGGUGAACUUUGGUAAGCAGGGACUGACCAUUGCAGCUACUGCUGCUGUCUCUGCGGCUGUUAAGGGUCAGGGUGCCAUCACGGAAAAGCUACGUAGCCUGAGUAUGCAUGACCUGACACAGAUAGACCAGCAGGAGGACCGUGGAGACCCACUGUACCAGUACAGCUCCCGAUCCUCUAACCCAGCCACCAGGAGAUCUCAAAGUACCAACUCUGCUGUUAAAGAUGAGUAUUAUUAUGAACAGGAAGAGAGGACAGAUGAGGACGGCGAGCCGACUUUCUCAGAGGAUGAGGCCCUCAGCCAGAAAGGUGUGAGACGAUCUCAGAGCGUCAAGAUGACCAGAUCGAAGCUCCGCAAAGAUCUUCGCUAUGGAUCACUGAAGAUUAAAAGUAAGAAGAGACCAACAGUGAGCUCUGCCAACUAUGCACCAUGACAAGAGUCCUGCUGACACACACACACGCACACAGCAGAGCAGCCUGCUGAUUGGUGGGCACUGAAUUUUUACUCUGCUGACAUCUUUCUUACCAAACGCAUCCAAAACCAGCAGCUCUGAGAGGAGAGCUUUUGUUUCUGUGCUUUAAGGUGUUCAGGACAUGUAGAACAUGGACACCAUGCUGAGUUUUUAUCAGAUUUGUAAAAAUGUGUGUUUAGUCCUAUAAAUAUAUUUGUUGUCUUUGUAUUGUUUUAUACACACUAACAAGUUGUGUAACUUGAGCUGAAACUAUACAUUCAAAGCUUGAACCUUUCUAACAAAAUCCUUAUAAAUCCAUAUUAAGAAGUAAACAUGAGUUGAUAUAUUUUUCAAAUUUUUUAUUUGGUCAGAAUGAUUUUGGUUCAGGCUUCCUAUGCAAACUACAAAUGACAGGAUAAAGCUGAAGAAGCAAAGAAGGCUUUUCAACUUGUUUUGAAAAUCAAUUUAAAUAGAAAAAUGUUCAAAAAAGAUGCUUUGCUCUCAGAAAUAUUGUUCCAUAUCCAUCUUUGCUUCAAUUGUUUUUUUUCUAUCAUUAUUUUGAUCACUGACCACUGUUCAAAUACGUAUUUGGGCCACACAAGAUUUUUUUUAAGUCGUAACAUUACGAGAAAAUAGUCAAAAACAUUACAAGAAAAUAGUCAAAAACAUUACGAGAAAAUAGUCAAAAACAUUACGAGAAAAAAGUCAAAAACAUUACGAGGAAAAAGUCAAAAACAUUACGAGGAAAAAGUCAAAAACAUUACGAGAAAAUAGUCAAAAACAUUACGAGAAAAUAGUCAAAAACAUUACGAGAAAAUAGUCAAAAACAUUACGAG